AAAAACAAACUGACAACUAAACAACAACAAUGCUGGGGACUGUUGUUUGAGAGUUUUAUUGGGGUUUGACAACCAACUCAGAAGAAGGAAGAGUGCAUGCUGAAACUGAGCUGAGGGUCAGAAACUGAGGGAAAGAUGUCAAUCUUCGUUCCAAUCCGCGCGUCUUCCUGGACGCAGACCGUCUACCAACUCGCAACCAAGUCCUUUCCAGGACAAUGCUACAACUACAAGUUCAUCAGUACAGUACCCAGUCACCAAUCAUGUGUGGCUGCCGUCAGGUUGACACCGAACAAACAGAUAACAACGGAACAAAGUUUUGUUUUGAAGCGGUUUAUGGCAACAGAGAAACAGAGGAGUAAGCAGGUUGCCGAGAGAGUACAUGGCACCAGUCAAGGAGAGAUUACACUCGGUCGAAAAGUGGUUCAAGCAGGAAAGGAUGCCAGCUACAUGGGUAUUGUUAUCGUAGGCAUUGGUGUGACAGCUAUUAUGUUUUAUGCCAUUGGUCGUGAGUUGUUCGCUUCAAGCAGUCCCAAUGCAGUUUACACCAAAGCUUAUAAACUUUGUUCAAAAGAUGAUGAGAUCAUUGAAGAGCUUGGACAACCAAUCAAAGGCUUUGGAGAAACAACUAGGAGAGGCAGAAGGAGACAUGUCAGCCAUUUGGAAUUUGAACAAGAUGGAGUGAAACAUAUGCGCAUGAAGUUUUACAUUCAAGGCCCAAAGAGAAAGGGCACUGUACAACUAGAAGUCCAACAGGGAAAGACCGGCAGAUUUGAUUAUCGUUAUUUGUUUGUUGAAAUGGACGGCUAUCCACAUAGGACUAUAGUACUAGAAGACAAUAGAUGAACAUUGUGCCGAAAAUAUUGCUGGAGUGUUUUUUUCCUGGAUGUAGAGUAAAGAUCAUCAAGAGAAUAUCAAUGAAGGCUGCAUGAAUUGUCGGAGAAUAAUCUCGCAAGGCUUUCAUAAGGAUGGCAAAGCAAUGAAUCUCAAUACUGAUGCAUGUAUAAUCCAGAUAAUUGUGACAAUUGCCGUUUGUGAGUUUGGACUUUUCACAACAAUACCGCCAAUAGAAUAAUUUGAUAAAAUGUUGAAGUUCUUUAUCCAGCAGCCGAUUUCACAAAACUUCACGCA